UUGCUUUAUAAGGCGCAUCCUGUUGGUCAGAAAUCAACAGUUCUCUUCUAGGAGUUCUCUGCUCGAAAAGACAAGCGAUGAAGGUAUCGAUCAUAUUCCUAGCUGCCGCACUCGUUGCGGUAGCAUCCGCCGCUACCUCCCCAGCAUUACAUCCGGCUCAAAGGGACAGUGACUCCAGCAGUAGCAGUGGCUCUUCCGAGAGUGCUCAAACGGCUGAACAUCAAUCGGGAGAAGCUUCCGGUUCGGAGGAAGGUGACGCCGGCAUUCAACCGAUCAGUAUCUUUGGACCACGGCGCCCAUGGUGGACUGGUCCAAGGAUUCUCCCAUUCCAUCCACCGUGGCAUCCACGCCCUCCGUUCGGUGGACAUGGCCGUCCACCAUUCGGUGGACCUGGCCGUCCCUGGUGGUGGAGACCUCCGUUCGUACCCCGACCGACCACUAGCUCCCCGGCUCCGGAGGGAACUUCCGUGGCUAGUCCAACUACUUCGGAUGCUGCAACGACCACACAGGAGGUAACUACUACCGAGGAGGCUACCACUACCGAGGAAGCAACGACUACGGAGUCUGAUUCUACCACCGAGGAGGCAACCACCACCGAGGAGGCAACCACUACCGAGGAGUCCACGACUACUGAUGGUUAAAGCUUCUUCAAUGAAAAAUUUAACGCAACGCCGAUUUCCCUACCGAAAUUAUUCAAUAAAAACUUAUCAUGUUCUGCAAUGAAGCAA